GUCGGAGGCGGCGCGGGAGGCGGGAGCGGAGGCUCGGUGGCAGGGGGACGAUGGUGGAGGCUUGGUAUAUGGACGAUUCCCGGGAGGACCCCCGGAAACCGCAUCGCCCAGAGCCGGAUCGGCCGGUCAGCCUAGAGCAGCUGAGCCGGAUCGGCGUCUUUUACUGGAAACUGGAUGCUGACAAUUAUGAGACUGACCCAGAAUUAGCCAAAAUUCGUAAGGAGAAGAACUAUUCUUGGAUGGAUAUAAUAACGAUAAGCAAAGAUAUGCUGCCAAAUUAUGAAGAGAAGAUAAAAAUAUUUUAUGAAGAGCACUUACACCUGGAUGAUGAGAUUCGCUACAUCCUGGAAGGAAGUGGGUAUUUUGAUGUUCGUGAUAAAGAUGAUAAGUGGAUCCGGAUUGCUAUGGAGAAGGGCGACAUGAUCACACUUCCUGCUGGCAUCUAUCACCGUUUUACACUGGAUGAAUCUAAUUAUGUCAAGGCAAUGAGACUGUUCGUUGGAGAACCAGUGUGGAUUGCUUAUAACAGACCAGCUGACCAUUUUCCUGCUCGAGCACAGUACCAACAGUUUUUGUCACAAACAGUACAAUAAACCAGUAGGACAAACAUGAGGCAUGGAACAUCCUGCAACAUCUGUAACAUUAAAAGCGGCUAUGUUAACGGCAUCUGCAGGUGAUAAAUCUUUUAUUUCCUCUCUCUCAAAUAUCAAUUUUUAAUAUCAAAUUUUGUCCUUGGAUGAAUGGAUUUUUACAUACAAUAGUGAUUUAUGUAGUUUGCAGAUCACAAUUGAGAAUAUCAAUCCUUUCUUGCUCCUCUUACAGCAAUACUUCUCUGAUUCAUUCUUGCAUUAACCUAAAGCAUUAUUAUGUUUGAUAGUUGCUUUAAUGUUGUAAUGCUAAUAAAAUAAUAUUCUAUCUUUUAA